CAAUAACACUUGUUGUUGUUCCCAUUCAUUCAGCCAGCUGAUGUUUAGAGACAAUAUAAGAAAUACCUGCUCUACCACUCUACUUUUGUGAAGACGUGUAGCUGGACAAUGAGGGUUUUUGGUUUGCUGCUGUUGCUGUUCGGUCUGUGUGGGUCAGGAGCUCAUGGGGAGGGUGGAGGCCUCGGCGAGGUGGGUGAGAUCAGCCAGUUUCAGAAGACAGCUCCAAGAGAUGCAGAUGAGGAAUCAACCAAGCAGACCACAGAGCAAACCACCACUGACAUCUGGGGUGAGGUGAGGGCACUGAGAGACAUGGUGGUGGAGCUUAAAGUGGAGCUGAGGAACAUGAAGGCCAGAGUGAAGGACAGCGAGAGCCAGGUGAAAGACCUGAAAGCUGAGCUGAUCGUUACCAAAGUGCUGGUGGAUCUGCUGCAGAAAGAGAAUUCUGUCCAAGAAACCAGACUGACUGUCACCGAGAGCAUAACAAGUGACCUAGAAAGAAAGAAUGCAGACUUACAGAUCAGACUGAGUAGCAGUGAGUAUGAACUUCUUGUUAGCAAGUCCAGGAUUGACCAGCUAGAGAGAGAAGAUGUAGAGAUACCAAAGGUGGCCUUCUACUCAGCACUGACUGAUGCAGGAAAUGUUGGACCAUACAAGACAGACAUCACACUGAAAUACAGCAAGGUUUUCACCAACACUGGCGAUGCUUACAAUCCAGCUACAGGUUUCUUCACAGCACCAGUUAAAGGUGUCUACUCUUUCCAGUUCACUGUGUGUGGUAACCAUAAAGGUAAUAUGGGUGUAUAUGUGUACAAGAACAAGCAAAGGAUGAUGUAUAAUGCAGAGUGGUGGGCCAAUGCAGGUUAUGAGUAUUUAUCUAACUCGGUUGUCUUGGAGCUGAUAGCAGGAGAUGAAGUUCACCUGGUUCUUCCAGCAGGAUUUUUUGUCUUUGACAAUUUAAAUAACCACAGCACCUUCAGUGGCUCCCUUCUCUUCCCACUGUAAGGAUGUUGGUUAGGCUGCUGUGUGACUGACUUGUUUGUUAUUGGUUACACUGGGGUUCUUUAGAAAAUCUUUAUACAUCUCAGCUGUGCUGCCUCCAAGAUAAGACAUUUACUGCAGGCGUCAAAUAAUGUGAUUCUGAAUCUGACUUCCCUCUUCUGUCUUAACAUAAAAACAACGUUCAAAUAAAUCUAAUUCAUUGACGG